AUGAUAAGAAAAUCUAUUUAUAAACAAGAAGAGAUAGUAUAAAUAAACUAAAAUAAAUUAUGUAUAUAUGAAAUAAAAAAAAAUAGAUAAAAAACAUUAGUAUUUGAUUUAGAUGAAACACUUAUUCAUUGUAAUGAAAAUGUAUAAAUUCCUUCUGAUGUAGUUUUACCAAUCAAAUUUCCAACAGGAGAAAUAAUUGAAGCUGGUAUAAAUAUUAGACCUUAUUGCUAUGAAUGUUUAUAAGAAUUGAGUAAAUAUUAUGAAAUUGUUGUUUUUACAGCAAGUCAUAGUUGUUAUGCUAAUGUAGUAUUAGAUUAUUUGGAUCCAAAAGGUUAAUAUAUUUCUUAUAGACUUUAUAGGGAAAACUGUGUUACGACAGAAGAAGGUGUAUAUAUUAAAGAUUUAAGAGUAUUAUAAAAUAGAAAUAUGAGUGAUAUUGUGUUAGUAGAUAAUGCAGCUUACUCUUUUGGUUUUUAGAUAAAUAAUGGAAUUCCUGUUAUUCCAUUUUAUGAUAAUAAAAAUGAUAAUGAAUUAAAAAAUUUAAUUAACUUUAUGAAAUCGAUACAUUAAGUUAAAGAUUUUAGAGAUACUUUAAAAAAAGUUCUUAAAAUAAAUUAGUUUUCAGAAUUUUAGGAUCCAGAAAUGUUACUUAGUACAUUGUUUUAAGAAUUAAUUUAAUGA